GCCAAAGUUGUUUUCCUCCUCUCUCUCUCUCUCUCUCUCUCUCUCUCUAUGUCUCUCGAUUAUUAUUAAAUAGAGAGUACGUACGUGACAAUCUUGUGUUAGCUAGCUCCCUCCCAUAGAAUCACAUCUCAUCCUCGCUCCCCAAUCUUCCCCUAUUCUUUGGAUCGAUUCGAUUUCGAGGUCUGUGUUUUUUUUUUAUAAAAAAAAUGGCGGAAGAGUAUACAGAGUGUUUGUUGGAGAAAAACUUCCAUGAGAAUUGCCCUGGCUGCAAGGUUGACCAGAUGAAGAGGCUUCGCCGAGGUUUCCCUUUCUCCGAGCUUUGUUCCGUUUGGAUCAUCGUCCUCUGCACCGCUCUGCCCAUUUCAUCUCUUUUCCCCUUUCUUUACUUUAUGAUUGAUGAUUUUAACAUAGCAAAGAAGGAAGAGGACAUUGGGUUCUAUGCUGGAUUUGUUGGUUGCUCUUUCAUGCUCGGUCGAACAUUGACAUCUGUCUUCUGGGGAAUUGUGGCUGAUCGUUAUGGUAGAAAACCAGUAAUCCUCAUAGGAACUGCUUCAGUGGUCGUUUUCAAUACUCUGUUUGGCCUAAGUGUAAAUUUCUGGAUGGCCAUCAUCACAAGGUUUUGUCUCGGUAGUUUCAACGGUUUGCUUGGUCCUAUUAAGGCAUUCGCAAUGGAAACAUUCCGUGAUGAAUAUCAAGGUUUAGCACUCUCAGCUGUUAGUACAGCAUGGGGCAUUGGACUCAUCAUUGGCCCUGCUUUGGGAGGUUUCCUUGCUCAGCCUGCAAAGCAAUAUCCAAGCUUAUUCUCAGAGGAAUCAGUUUUUGGGAAAUUUCCCUACUUUUUGCCGUGCUUAGCCAUAUCUUGUUUUGCAUUUUUGGUGACCAUAAUUUCAUUACGGAUUCCGGAAACAUUGCACAAUCACAAGAUUGAUGAUGAUUCAAAGUCUUUUGAUGCUCUCAAAGUUUUGUCUCAUGACCCUGAAUCUCAUAAAGUCACAGAGAGAAAUGAAAAAAGCUCUCUCCUGAAGAACUGGCCACUACUUUCAUCUAUUAUCGUCUACUGCAUCUUUUCACUUCAUGAUAUGGCUUACACAGAGAUCUUUUCACUGUGGGCAAACAGCCCGAGGAAGUAUGGAGGUUUGGGAUACUCGUCUGCAGAUGUUGGAACUGUUCUUGCAAUUUCAGGUUUUGGUCUCCUUAUCUUUCAGCUUUCACUCUACUCUUAUGCGGAGAGGCUUCUAGGACCCAUCAUAGUUACACGUAUAUCUGGGAGUCUGGCUAUAGUUCUCUUAGCAAGUUACCCUCUGAUAGCAAAGUUAUCUGGUUUCUCCCUUACUCUGGCGCUAAAUUGUGCAUCCGUAGCAAAGAAUGUCUUAGGCGUGUCUGCUAUAACUGGCUUAUUCAUUCUUCAAAACAGGGCUGUAAGACAAGACCAAAGAGGAGCAGCUAAUGGGAUUGCCAUGACAGGGAUGUCUCUGUUUAAAGCAAUAGGUCCAGCAGCAGCAGGCAUCAUUUUUUCUUGGAGUGAGAAACGUCAGGAUGCUGCUUUUCUCCCUGGCACACAAAUAGUAUUCUUUAUCUUGAAUGCGGUCUUGGCACUCGGAGUUGUAAUGACGUUCAAACCGUUUUUAGCUGAAACACAACAGUAGAAAUCGAUGGUAUUCAAUUUUCAUUGGAUUUGUAUCUUAUUUUAGAUUGUAAUUGUCUGAUGUCAAGUUAGAGCAGAGAUGUGUUUUUUUAUAAGAUUGUAUUGGUAACAACUUGUUAGAAUGUUUUAGCAUACACAUUAUUAUUAUACAGUGAAAUAAAAAUUACAGUAACUCUCUUAGCUUUGUCAUUGUCACGGU